AUGGGGCGCGACUCUUCAGUUUCUGACUUCCGCUUGUAUGAGGGGCGCUCCCCAGACACCGCCCUGCACCGCCAGCGCGCCCGCUCCUUUGGCGGCGGCCUCAGCCGCCUGCGCGGCCCCACCACCGCCGCCGCUGCCUCCGGCGGCGGCGAGGAUCAGUCCCCCGGCUCGGCAGGCACCGCGCAGGCGGGGCUGUCCGGGCCGGUAGCCAUGCAGGGGAUUGGCAACGGGCCUGUGGCGGGUGCCGCGCUGGCAGCCAUCAGCGGCCGUACGCCGCACCAGCCGCAGGUGCCCUCGGGCGCCGCCAACGGCGCCGCCACCACCGCGACUACCUCCUUUGGCGCCGACGGCGGCCAGUACGGGGGUGGCGGCGCGGUGAUGCCCGCCUCCCCCGCCAAGCCAUACGUCUCCACCUUCGGCAGCCUGCCGCCCAGCUUUGCGGGGAGCAGCCCGCAGCUGAACCGCAUCAUGCUCACCCACGCCCCCUACCUCUCCAAGCUGGAAAGCAUAGCCUCCUCCGCCACCAGGACGGCUGAGAAGAUCUGCGCCGGGCUCAUCAUCGUGAUGGUGCAGACCGGGCGCACCGUCAGCCUGGUGUCCAAGUACCGCCCCCCCAUGGCCAUCAUGGCUGUGGUGGUGCCCACCCUCAAGUCCAACCAGCUGGGCUGGGAGCUGGAGGGCAAGUACCUGGCGCGCCAGACGCUGGCGCUGCGAGGCGUGGUGCCCAUGCUGGCGGCGCCCAUGUCUGACGCGGCGGGCUCAGAGGACCUGCUGGGCGAGGCCAUCCACUCCGCCUUCCUGCAGCGCCUGGUGAAGCCGCACGACUACGUGGUGGUGAUCACCAGCCACCGCAGGUCCAUGGUGGUCAAGGUGGUGCAGGUCAACCGCGCCGGCACCGGGCUGCGCAGCAUGGACGGCGGGGACGGGGGCGUGCUUACCGAGGCGCCCGAGCCCGCCCACGGCCGUUCCCCCUUUGGCGCAUCCAUGCCGCAGCCGCCGUCUCCCCACGGCGCGCUGAUGUCGCCCAGCCGCACCCUCAGCGGCAGGCCCAGUCUGGUGGUGCAGCCCUCGCCGCCCGCCUUCCACCUGGGCGCGGGCGUCCCGGCGCCCGCCCGCGGCGGCGGCGGCGGCGGCGGCUACAUGAUGCUUUCCACCCCCAGCGAGGCGCAGGCCUACGACGACCUGUCGUACACCCGGGUGGCAGCUGAGCUGGCGGCUGGGCGUCCCGGCCGCGCCGCCCGCACCGGCAGCCCCCUGAGCAGCGGCGGUACCGUCGCCGCCCCCGCCGGGCCCUUCACCGCCAGCACCGGCAGCCCCACCAGCUCGGGCGGCAGCGGCCGCGACCCCACCAGCCCGCUGCGCGGCCUCGGCGGGCCCAGCAGCCUGAGCCCCAUCACCGAGCAACCGUCUGGCCCCACGCCCAACGGCGCCGCGGGCGGCCCUGCCUCGUGA